GUUUCAGAUGACCAGUUUCAGUCUUUUUGCGACGUUUUAUCUUUUAAUCAUUUCUCCCGCAAUUUAUGGAUAUGUGUUCCCUUGUUUGGAUGAAUGCCAGUGUGAUACAGAUGACGAAGUAAUCUAUUGCCAUAAUGGCCGUCGAACUACACUUGAACUGCCGGAUAUUCGUUUGCGGGGUUUUAUUGUGAUAGGAUUGACAAAUAAUGCAAUCGAAAGGCUUCCUGACGAAAAAUCCAUUUUGGAAUUGUUCCCGGACCUAAUGGCCAUUGACGUGGAAGGUAAUGCACAGUUUGAUUGCGAAUCACUGAAAGGAUACAAAAAAAUUAAGAUAUUCAGUAACUGUGAAGGGACCGAACCGAUGAUAACGAGAGACCAAAGGCUACCGGAUAUUGAGGAGGCGACUGACACGUGCGACUUCAAGUGCCAGGUGGACAAACACUACAAAAUUCUAUACAACUAUGUGGUGAAAUUAUGGAAGAUGCUAAAGAUGAAGUAUGAAGACAUUGAUAAAGAGAAGAUUAUGAAGGAUGUGAAGGACUUUUUCGUUAAUAUUGCGAAGAAAAUUGAUGAGCUUCACAAGAAAUAAGUUCCAAUUCCUCGAUGCAGCUCCCAAAAUCAAUGUUUCAAAUGGUGCUGUAGUGUAUGCAACGGAGUGUUCCCUACGAAUGCCUUCUCAGAAGUUGGAUAAGCGUAAACUGUCUCCAUCCUAUUUACCUUUAACGUGAGAUUCAUGCAAUGAAUUCAAAGUUAUUAUUUUGCGAUCGCUAAAGCUGCAGUGGCCAUUGUAUACAAGCUAUAUCAUUUACAAUUUGCAGGAAUAUAUGUAGUCAGCACAAAAAGAAAAUUACUUAACGAUAUAGAAUCAGAACAGGGAUACUAUUCCGAUGUUGUAUAUCACUUCAGCAGAA